CCCUGCUCACCUCCUCCAGUGACAGCCAUGGCUGGGGAAAUAGUCCCUGCUGAUUUAAACAUCGCUGAAGAUCCUUCCUCCGGAGGCAAAGUGGCUCCAUCUCAGCAUCACGAUCACCCGAGGUGCCUGUGCUGGCAUCUGCUGGUUCUGGGCCUCACACUGGCUGGGAACGUCGUGCUGCUGAGAGCUGUGAUGGCGCUGGCUGCUCGGGGUUCCCUGAACCCAUCACUGACCAGAGCUGUCCCCAAAACCUCAGCUCAGCCCAGUCCUAAAGGAAGAGGAUGCAGCGACUUGGAUGAGUUCCGCUCUCACCUGCGGCAACAUUUGUGUUAUACACAAAACAACAAGCCAGCAGAGGGUUCCAGCUGCAAACUCUGCCCCAAGGACUGGCUGCUGCAUGGGGACAAGUGUUACUGGGUUUCCAAAGCGAUUAAAGACUGGGAGCAGAGCCGUGAGGACUGUUUAAUGAAGAGAGCACUACUGCUAGUGAUCAAUGACUGGGAGGAGAUGGUAAAGAACGUGCUAUAUUCAACUGGGGGAUGUGUGUUGCUGUUAAUUACAGCUGGUCCAAAAUCAGAGGUUUCCCCCCGGUGGCAAAUGAAAUAA